UUGAGGUCUUGAAUAAACAAAUUCCCCCCCUUUUUUUUAUUCUGGGUUUUUUUUCUUUCUAAACACCCCAGCUACCAUGGCAUGUAAUUCUGGGUUAAAUUGAAAGUUCUUCCUCUGACCUACAAAGCUCUUCAUGGUCAGGCACAUUCAUAUCUUAAAAAGUUUCCUUGUAACCCACCAGAACACAGCAGCCCCAGCAUGCAGGCCCGCUCAUUGUCCUGAAAGUCUUUAAAAGUGGUCUAGGUGGUAGAGCUUUCAGUUAUCAGGCCCCUCUCUCUCUCGCUCCUCUGGAAUUAUCUGCCAGUCGAGGUGUCGAAGGCUGACACCCUCUCUACCUUUAAGGGUAGGAUUAAAAUGUUAUUUUGACAUGGCCAAAAAGGCUCUUUUGGUGUUAAUGUCUUAAUGUUAUCCAUCACUGAACAAUUAAUAUAUUCUUUUGAGAAAAAACAGCAAAGAGGAAUCUGGAGGGAUGCAACUAGUUGUGUAUAAGCACCAGCUUGCUCAUUUGAGUUUCAUGUUUUGUUAUCUUGACACAACCAGAGAAGCUUUAUCAGUGUUUAUGUCUUAGUCAUAACCAUAAUUGACAGAUGCAGGAAGUUUUACACCAGUGCCUAUCAUAGAAAUGAAAAGCCACAGUUUUGGUGGCAUUUGAGUCAAACUAUAAGAUCAAAAUACAUUUCAAAUGUAUCUUUCUCAGAGUCAGCUGUUAUCAUGCUGAAUAAUGUCAUAAUGUUUCAUUUUUGGUCAGAUAACUCCUUAUCAGCUACUUGAUGCUCAAGGGUUGAGUCAUCCCAAAAUGGCCGGUCCUUAAUGAUAGAUAACUGUUAAAAAAAAUAAUAAAGAUAAUAAUUAAUAGUCAUUAAUUAAUAAUCCAUCCAGCCAUCCAUUUUCUACCGCUUAAAGAAUGACUUUAUCCCAUGUACAUUCAUUUCAAAACACACCUAAGUCAAUAAUUUCUGUAGACAAAACUUAUUUUUUUCAAUUAAAAACACAUGAAAGGUUUUUCUUGUUUUAAAGCAGCAUCUCAUUUAGGCAGCUGGCCUUUUUUCAGAAGUGCAAAAGCACUUUGCUUUUUUAUUUGAAGUCAAAUCUUUUUAACAUUUGUUAAGAUACGGUAUAUUGGAUUUGUGAUCUCUUUUACGUGUAGGUUAAUGCCAAAAAGUUGUUAAUUUUAAACUGACUUUUACCUUUGUAUCAUUUAACCAAUAAGAGAAGCCUGAGAACCCCGCCCCCUGCUAACGUAACUUCUCUUUUAAACUUCAAAAUAAAAGCUCUGUACGCAAUAAAAGCCCAAAGUCAGACGAAGGAAAUAUUAGAAAUAGAUCUGCUGUAACUGAAUCCGUUUUAAUCAUUAUUUUAUGGUAGUAUUUAUAGGUUUUACAUGACCUUUGUGUGGUCUCUAAUUGUUUCAACGUAACAUAUGUAAACAUAGCCUUUAAUUUGAAGGGUAAUCUGAAGACUGGAAUCACGUGUGUCUCUGUCAACAGUGGACUGUAAAACCAACCAAACAGAAAUCUGCACACAUGUCCACUUUAGCAAAAACCAUGAGCAGUAAGUACAUAUUUUCUCUAGUUUACUUCAAUUGCAGCCAUCCUAUACGCAUUGACAACCAGUCAUUUGUCGUUAAUUUCAGCUAAUUUUAACACUCUAGCCGCAAGUGACAGAGUUUGUGACAAAUGAAGUGUUGACGGUGGUCUGUCGCUUCCUCAGAGUUUCGUCUGGCGGUGAUCCAGCUGCAGGUGACCGCAGUCAAAGCGGACAACCUGAGCAGAGCCCGGAGGCUGGUGAACCAGGCGGCGGCUCAGGGGAGCCAAAUGGUGCUGCUGCCGGUGAGGAGGGGGCUGCAAAGGGGCGUGUGGUAGGGGAAGCUGGGACUAGAAUUCACACUGAAAAAUACUGUUACCACUAAAUGUUUUAUCUUUAAAUAAACUUCAUUUAUUCUUUAGAGGAAUACCAGCUAAGAGGAAUAUUGGGGGAUGCAACUAGUUGUGUAUAAGCAGCAGAUUGCACAUUUUAGUUUCAUGUUUUGUUUUCUUGACACAACCAGAGAAGCUUUAUCAGUGUUUAUGUCUUAGUCAUAACCAUAAUUGACAGAUGCAGGAAGUUUUACACCAGUGCCUAUCUUAUAAAUUAAAAGCCACAGUAGGCCUAUUGGGGGCAGAAAUCUCAUCAACAGUGAAGCCAAAAUAUUAAGAUCACCCCAGUCCUCCAAUGGCUGUGCACAGAGAUUAUAAAGCUGCCCUGUUUAAUAUUAGCAGAUGAGUCAAUUCAUAUUUCUCAGACAUUGUUUCCUUGAUAAAAUCAGCUGUUAUGCUGAUUUAUAUCAUAAUGUUUAAUUUCUUGUCCAAUUUCUUCUUAUCAGCUGUUUGAUGCGAAAAAGAGGAGAUAUAAUGUUACAAUUGACAUCUUUUCUGACAAAUGGGACACCUGUUUAUUUAUUUAUGCAACUCUACUGAAAUUUUACUUGCUUAUAAUAUGUAUUUGUAAGCACAUUUUGUGCAGCGACUUAAAAAUCAGCAGGUAAAUGUGCAAUCUACACUAGCACUUAAAUACUCUGGCACUUAACCCCCAUACCCUAAACUCCAAAAGUGUUUAACUGUAAUUUUAAGUCAGUAGUUAAAAAAGAGCCACCUUCUGCAUUGUUAUAAGAGGUUCUUAGUCUUAUUUUAUGUGCAUAGUUUCUUGCUCAUUUAUGUCUCUACUACUGACCCUCUGGAGGCUACAGAUGGAAAUAUGCCUGUAGUUACAAUCUGGCGCAUUAACAUACCCAUGUUUAUAUAGAUUUUGGGUUUGCGUGGGUUUACGAACGUAUCCAUUCAGGUGUACUGAUAGAUAUGAAUAGAUAAGCAUUAAGUUAAAUUAAUAGUGUUUUGGAAGGCAUUACUGUCGCACAUCAGCCUCCAAAAUAUGUCACCAGUCUGACACGUCUGUGCCUGUUACUGCAGUAAGUUAGCUUUAGUUUUUGUCAGUGGGAGAAUGUGGAGACGUGUCAUCCGUAUACUGUAUAAAUAUUCAGCUAACACGUCUGUCUAGUUUUGUUCAUUCACAUUGAAAGAUCAUUUGGUUAUAGGGAGGAAAAAUCCUGUGAAGAGAACAAAAAAGCUGAAAAACUUGCAAAUACGCAGACAUGGAUAUCAUCUGAGUGUUUUGUCCUGAAAUUGAAUUUGUUUGUUUCCUCCUGCAUAUAAUGAAGAUGCUGAAUUUAUCCUCCAGAAUUAUUUUUAUAUUAAAUUGAGCUGUCUUGCAUAAAUCAGUCACACUCCAGUGCAGUGCAAACCCAUUUUUUACUGAACUAUUUCUAUUCAUAUACAAAUACUAGCAGGACUGCUAAAAUUUACUUUGUUUAUACAGUUUUUUAAAAGGCAAUUUGAAUAUUUAAUGAAGUGGAAAAAAGCUCAAAAUAGACAUCUGACCAACAAACCUGGACCACAGAGCUGUAGAAGAGGGUGUCCUGGAGGAAAUCAAGGUGUUGACUUAACCACAACUACAAGCCUUGCAUUUAUUUUUGCAUGUUAAAAACAAACAAACUCAAACUCGUCAAACUUGAAUACAAAGACAUGAUCUCUCACAGGUGACCUUUUCUUCCAGCAGAGACUCUGGUUUUUGUUUAACAAAGUUUGACACAAUCAUUAACAACAUUUUGAUCUCAGCCCUGGAAAGAUCAGUUACCAGUUCCUAAAGAGGUGAACAACUCACCGAGUGUGAAGCUAACUCUCUCUCUCUCUGACCUUUCAUUGAUACAGGAAUGCUUUAAUUCUCCAUAUGGAACCAGCUUCUUUUCCUCGUAUGGUGAGAGGAUCCCAGGAGAGUCCACACAGGUGCUGUCCGAGGCAGCAAAGGAGAACAAGGUGUAUGUAGUGGGAGGUAGGGAAACAUUUGAUGCUGCGCUAAAAUAUCAGCAGUUAAAUAAGACAGAACAAGACCUGAGGAAAAAUCCAUGUGACCUUUUUGUUCAGGAUCCAUCCCUGAAGAAGAUGGGGGGAAGUUGUACAACAGCUGUACAGUGUUUGGUCCCGAUGGAGAAAUGAUUCUCAAACACAGGAAGGUACGCAUGCUUCAUCUACAGAGUUUGAUAGUUUUCUGUUUUCUUAAUAAAUAACUCAGGCUACAGCAGGAUGUUUAUUUCUCUGCGUUCUUUUGUAUUUUAUGGUUUUCACCUUCAAGAUUCAUCUCUUUGACAUUGACGUUCCUGGGAAAAUCCGCUUCCAGGAAUCGGAAACUCUCAGUCCAGGGAGCAGUUUAUCAAUGUUUGAAACUCGUAAGUCCAGUCAAAGAGAUGGUCAAAGGGUUAAAUCUGGAUGUGAAGAAGAUGAUUGCUUUUUUUUUGCAAUAGAGGGAAAUUUAUGAUAUUUAUGUCCCAGUUUGUCAAAAAUGGAAAUGACUCCUUUUGAACCUCUCACUUCUCGGUGUCUCCUCUUGCAGCGUUCUGUAAAGUGGGUGUGGGGAUUUGCUACGACAUGAGGUUUGCAGAGCUCGCACAGAUCUAUAGCAGGAAGGGUGAGUUUGUGUUGAGACUGUUUACACAAUCCUCGUGUGAAAGGACAGUCAAUAAUGUGAUGUUUUUUGUCCUCAGGCUGUCAGCUGCUGGUUUAUCCAGGAGCCUUUAACAUGACGACUGGCCCCGCCCACUGGGAGCUUCUGCAGAGAGGGAGGUCAGACUGACAGUCCUGGCCACUGUGCAGGGAUAUUAAGUUUAAAAAAGUCAUCCUACUAUGUUAAACAGGUUUAAAUGUUGCUCAUAAGAAUACCUGAUAAUGCAGAUAUUAACUAGACUCAGUAACUUAGAUGGUCUGGAGGAUGUAACACAAGUGGAUUAAUAUACAUCUAUGCAAGAGGAGCAUUCUUAGACACAACAGAGGGAUGUUUGAGCACUAGAUCUGAAAAUUUAAAGUUUUAAGUAAACUUUAAUUUUCAGGAGAUAAGUAAGGAACAUGUCAACUUUUAUGACUAAUUUCUGUAUUUGUAGGCAAAGCUGAUGAAAUUCACAGAGCAGAGUACUUAAGAAUACAGAGUACAAAUGAACCAGUAUAACAUACAAACUGUCAUCCAGGAAGACUCUGUUUUUCGGGAGAAGCAGAUCAUUCAGGUCCAUGUUUCGUACAAGUUUGCAUCCUGUCCUGAUAGACUCUGAUCAUUGAAGUUCAAUGAUUAAAGUUGUGUUAGGAGACAAAUUCAGUGAUUGUGAAAAUUUAAAAUAUAAAAUCAAGCUUGUCAUUGAGAGCUUUGUCAAUUUUUUAUUAUCUCACUGAAGACCUAACUUCUGACUUGUUUUCUCUGACACUGUUUUCCUUGUCUCCUCUGCAGAGCUCUUGAUAACCAGGUGUAUGUGGCCACAGCGUCUCCUGCCAGAGAUGAAACAGCCUCUUAUGUGGCCUGGGGUCACAGCACAGUGGUCAACCCUUGGUAAAAAGAUGUCUUUUCUCUUUAAUUUUGGAGGUGAUCUGCUUUGUCAUUUUAGCAGUAUCUUUAACAUCCACAGCUGGUGAGAAAAAGAUUUUUUUUACUGUAGGAGUCAUGAAAUAGUGAGAUUCUCCCAACCGAACUCCUGCUAAUAGAAAAAGAAGAAAAGAGGACACUGUGUAAGGGAGCCUUCAGACUGAAACCACUGGCAGGGGGUCAGGUGUUAGACCAAGAUGUUAGCUGUAAGAAAAGAUAAGAACUUUAUUGAUCCCCAAGGGAGAAAUUUGAUUAUGUAUGGUGCUGGUACAGUUUUUUUCACAUUUUCAGCAGCAAAUCCUGUGUUAGUUAUUUGACUGUAAAGAAGGCAGGAUGAGAUCCUUUUUUUAUAAAUCAAAAGGACAAAAUCAGCCAAUGCUGUCAAAUCCACAAGGGCACCAAAAUGUCCUCUCAGGAGCUUUAAAUGCAAGAACCUCAAAGGGUAACUCAUGAAAAGUUUAGGAAAUCAGCAUGAUUGGCUGGAUACUUUUGAUUGGUUUUAAACUUCUUUUUUGAGCAGUCUGAGAAGUACUUUGUUUCUUUUUUUAAAAAUACUUUAUAAAUACAGUUAUUUAUUACCAACUGUGAGAUUUUGAAAGCUUGUUUUGCACCAAUGACCAGCUUUUACUCAUCUUCUUGUCUCUUUACUUGGAAAAAAUUAAGAUUAUUUUAAUCCAUUAUUUGUUAUUUCAGGGGAGAAGUCAUCUCAAAGGCUGGAGCAGAGGAGGAUGUAAUUUAUGCUGAUAUUGGUUAGUUUGGUGAAAUUCAUCCUCAUGCUGUACAGACUUUGUUGUUGUUUUUUUUUCUGUUAAUCACUGGAUCACCUUGUCUUUUGGUGUAUCAUCCUCAGACCUGCAGUAUUUAGCCGACAUCCGGCAGCAGAUUCCAAUUACAGCUCAGCGCCGACACGACCUUUACACGGUGACAGCCGCACAAGAAGAAUCAAGCUGAAAGCUGCGACCACGAGAGAGAGGAGUGGAGGAUUCAUCCCAAAACAUGCAGCUGAUCUCUGCCUGAACGCUCUGUUGUAUUUUCAGGACACGAUCGUAUUAAUCAUGGAAAUGGAAGGACAAUUACACUUACAACACUACUGACUUUUUAAUGACAGCGCUGUGAUUUGUUUAGUUUGAUAUCUGAAGUUGAAAUAAGAUGCUGAUCUUUAUAUCAGUUAUGGGAAGCACUUACCCGUUUAUUUCAUUCAUAAAGAAAGAAUAAACAUUUGCAGUUUGAAGUCUCUUGAAGGUGAUAAUAUUAAAUACACAAUUUCAAUAAGCUUCAAAUAUAAGGAAUUAAAUUAAUUAUCUUCACAAGUGAUUUUAUAUGAAAAAUCUCUGUUUUUUUCCUUUCAUAUUUUCUAAAAUAAUGAAGAAAUAAAAAUAGAUGUGUGUGAAGUUGAAUAAAAGUCGCUCCUGCUUCAGUGUGUCACAUAUAGAAUCUUUAUUGAAGCUUAAAAACAGUGUCCUGUUAACAAAGAUGAAACUUUUAGGAAGUAAAGGGCAAGUAUCUGUAUAUUCAUAUUUAUUUAUAAAAACUCUCAUUUUUUGGCUAGUGCAGAAGUCCCAGCAAAUUAAUAUUCACAACUCAGUGCUCUGUGGCCUCACAUAAAUGAGGACUUAUCGUCUCUGGCUCUUUACACGUCUGUCUCUAUUUUCUCCGACGUCAUCGCCUCGGUCUCCUCCUUGUUUGGAAAUCUUCUUUUGUAUCCUGAUGAGGAAAAAUAAUCAUACUUUCAACAAAGUGAUCAGAGAUGUCUUUGACAACAUUCAGCUGACAUUUCAAACAAUAAAAACUGGGUUUAUUAAACCCAUCAAGCAAU